UUGCUCGUGAUCAGUCGCCACUCGUGCCGCUGAAUUGCCGUCGCUGUUCCGUCGUUGCGUUCUUGCGUUUUGCGUUCUUGCGUCUCUGCGCUUCUGCGUUUCUGCGUCGAGCCGAAUGAUCCGUCGCGGGCUCGAUAGUGAUUCGAUUUGAUUUCAACUGAAUUGAUUUGAUUCAUCGCCGCUAAAAGGGUGUUCAAGAAUCGUGUUCCGAAAAAUAUGCACAGCCAGAAAUCCAAGUGAUAAAAGUUAGCUGAGAUAGCGGGCUGCGGAGAAAGCAAUUCCGACAGAGUGCUAACAAGUUGAGUGCUAACCAGAAAAGUGCUGAGAAAAGUGCCUCCUCGCCAGCUGUAAAAGGAUUUACGCGCUCUAACCGAACUGAACUAAAGUUGAGACUUUGUUUACGUGCAAUCACCAAUCAUACCAGCCGACCAUAGCUGAUCAUUGCCAUCGGAUCGCUGCGAACUUCCUUCCCGCGCGCAUCCCCCCCAAAAAGCCGUCAACAUUCUUGAUAAAGUGGCCUCAAUAGGCGCCAACACGCUUAAUUUCACGGACCUAGGGAGCCCCUACGAGGGGCCUCCCAGCACCCCCCAGUCCGGCAUGGACGCCCCCGACGCGCCCCACACGCCCAAGUACAUGGACGGCGGGAAUACGGCGGCCAGCGUCACGCCCGGCAUCAAUAUUCCCGGAAAGUCGGCCUUCGUGGAGCUGCAGCAGCACGCCGCCGCCGGGUACGGCGGCAUUCGGAGCACCUAUCAGCAUUUCGGACCGCAGGGCGGCCAGGACUCCGGCUUCCCGAGUCCGCGCAGUGCCCUUGGCUACCCGUUCCCGCCCAUGCACCAGAACUCCUACUCCGGCUACCACCUGGGCAGCUACGCCCCGCCCUGCGCCAGUCCACCCAAGGAUGACUUUUCCAUCUCGGACAAAUGCGAGGACUCCGGACUGCGCGUCAACGGCAAGGGCAAGAAGAUGCGCAAGCCCCGCACCAUCUACAGCUCGCUGCAGCUCCAGCAGCUCAACCGCCGCUUCCAGCGCACCCAAUACCUGGCCCUGCCCGAGCGGGCGGAGCUGGCGGCGAGUCUGGGCCUCACGCAAACGCAGGUGAAAAUCUGGUUCCAGAACCGGCGGUCCAAGUACAAAAAGAUGAUGAAGGCGGCCCAGGGACCGGGCACCAACAGCGGGAUGCCCUUGGGCGGCGGAGGACCCAAUCCCGGCCAGCAUAGUCCCAACCAGAUGCACAGUGGCGGUAAUAACGGCGGUGGCUCGAACAGCGGCUCACCCUCACAUUAUCUACCUCCCGGACACAGUCCAACGCCAUCGAGUACACCCGUGUCCGAGCUUUCACCUGAAUUCCCACCAACGGGCCUCAGUCCGCCGACGCAAGCGCCGUGGGACCAGAAACCGCACUGGAUCGACCACAAGCCGCCGCCCCAAAUGACGCCGCAACCACCUCAUCCAGCGGCAGCGCUACAUCCGCAGACGCACCACCACAACCCGCCGCCCCAGAUGGGUGGCUAUGUGCCCCAGUAUUGGUAUCAGCCCGAGACGAAUCCAUCACUAGUGACUGUUUGGCCGGCGGUCUAACAGCAUCCGAACCAGCUGCCCUCGGCUGCCUGGACGCAGCACCAGCUGAACCUGGAGCAGCAGCACCAGUCCCUUCACCAGCAGCACUCCUGCCCCGCCCAGCUGGGCCACCAGGCCAUCCACCAGAUCCCGGAGACCCAGUCCCAGUACCUCCUCCAGCGGCAGGACCUCGGGGGCAUGGGCGUGGGCGUGGGCGUGGGCGGGGGCGUGGCCGUGCAGCACACAAUAUCUUAGCCAAUAAACCAUGAUAGCAACCUGUAAAAUAUCCAUGAAAAUGUUGAGAAAGAGAAAGAAAGCAAGAACACUGGCAAGUUAAGCGUAACGUCAAGUUUUGUACAUUUUAAACGUAAUAUAUAAAUAUAUUUACCAACGUGAAUAAAGUCGUUCUAAAAUGUAGUCUAGCUAAGAACAAAAACACAAAUACAAAAACGAAAACAUAAAAACAUAAAAAUACUUAAACAAAAACAUUCCUCAAUCACAGAAGCAAGGAGAGAGCAAGAAACGUGUCCUUUAAUUUUGUUUAAUUUAGCAAAUUAACUAUGUAUAAAUCUAUCUAUAUGAACGUAAACUAAAUGUAGUGAGCAAACACAACAAACAACAAAGUAUAAAAGCGUAAAAGAGUAAUUCAUAAAUAAAAAUGAAAUCAAACAAAAAUGAAAAUCAGCUGUUGAUCUUAAGAGUUUCUUUCGAGCGUUUUUGUUCUUGAAGUAGGAAAGUCGAAAAGCAAAAAGAACGAGCAACAGAAAUCAGUAAAAUCAGAUCUCAAAUGCUAAGGGAAUAAUCCUCUUAAUUCUUUUAAUAUUUUCUUUUCCAUUUUUUUUUUGUGUAUUUUUCUUCUUUUUGCACCUAGAAGAGGAGCCCAGUUUCGUUCUUUUAUUGUGCAAUAUAAUCUUAUUUACCAACUUGUUGGCCUCAAUUGCAAGGGAGUUAAUUAAUUAAUUGCUUGAAGAGUGUAAAUUUUGUAUAGACCGCAUUUUAGCCUAGAGUCCCCAAGAAGGCAGAAGGUGCAUCAAAUGUCAGGGGAGGAAGACGAAGACCCAUUUUAAAAAUCGAAAACCAGGCGAAUCAGACUCGAAAUUCGAUAUUCGACUCGCUGCUGAGCUUGCUUUAGCUGUAAUUACGGAUUAACAUAAUCUAGUUUAAGCGGUAAUUAGUGCGUGUGUUUCACUCUAGUUUAAUUUAACCACAGCAAGAGCUAAAGGAAAUAAUUGAUAGUUUAACGACUAAAGUGCGGGUGAGUGCGUGAAUGAGUGAAUGAAUGAAUGAAAGAGUGUCUGAGUGCGGGAUUGUAAGCCAAUACAAUAAAUUAAAAACACAAAAUCAAAUUUACGAAAAAUGCAUAAACAAAACAUUAUGUGCUAGCAUUUAAUUAAUUAGUUUUAAUCUAGAAAAUGGCAACACAAAAUCACAGAAGAAGCCUAGCGACUCCCCCCUCCCCCUCCUAAUCCCCGUUCCGAAUUCAUUUAAUUUUUAGUAAUUAAUGUAAUUUUAAAUCAAA